AUGACGAAACAAAUCAUCGUGAUUCUGCGCAUCUUCCAAUAUGCGGGAUUCGUCGGCUCGCAAAUCAACAACACAUUGCUAUUCUACUUAAUUUUCAAAGUCGCCGACAAGAGAUUGGGUCGAUAUCGCCAUCUGAUGUCGGUUUUCGCCAUAUAUGGUUUUGUAUACUCGUGGAUUGAAAUCAUCACGCAGCCAAUAAUGCACAUGAAACCGUAUGCAUUUAUAGUGUUUCUUGAUGGAAUAUUCAAGUAUGAGAAAUGGAUUGGCAAUUCGAUGACAACGUUAUAUUGUGGCUCGUUCGCGUUGUGCAUUUCAGUCCUUGGUAUUCAAUUCGUCUAUCGUUACAUUUAUUUGUGCAGGGACCAAUUAAAAUUCUAUUAUGAUGUCGAUAGUCAUAAGGUGUCCUUUAUAUCGACUCUUUUCAAAUCAUUCAAUUCUGAUGGGACCUCUCAUUGGAAUAUUGAUCAAAUUAUUGGAAUUAUUGUGUGCACUACGAUUUUAGUAAUUUGCAAUAUUGCCAUUGUGUUUUGUGCUUUUAAUACAUAUCUAACAAUGGGAAAAGCUAGCUCAUCGAUGAGCAUUCGCACAAGGGAAUUGAAUAAACAAUUGUUUACCACACUUGCAUUUCAGACAAUACUUCCACUGGUCACUAUUUACGUCCCAGUUGCGCUCAUUCUGUAUUUGCCAAUUUUUGGCAUUGAAGGUGGCAGAUUGGCGAAUCUAACUAGCGGUGGACUUGGAAUUUAUCCGGCUCUCGACCCAUUGAUCGCGAUUUUUCAUAUCCGCGAUUUUCGCAAUGCUGUUAUGUGUCGAAAAAACCGCCAGAAUAUCAAUAUCGCUGGAAUCAACGGAACACCGAACUAUGAGACAUAUCGCACUUCGCUCACGUAA